AUGGACAUGCCCCAAGAUUCGAUCCGUCUAGACGGCCUAGGUUUCCAUGUAUUCGCCGGAUGUCACUCAGCUAAAGGCACGGCCUAUUUAAGCUCCAGCUGUUCCAAGCGGGUGGUGCCUAUUGUACUGGAGCUCUCCCAGAAGGAAAGCAUUGAUGCAGCGCUACAGGUUGUCAUGGAAACGCUGCCAGAAAACACGGGUCUAUGGGGACUGGUCAACAACGCUGCUGUCAUGGGUAACGUCGGCGUGAGUGAGAUCUGUAACCACGAAGACUACACCAAUGUACUCUCCGUCAACCUGCUGGGUACCAUCGAGAUGUCUAGAACCUUCCUGCCCCUGAUCCGCCUGGCCAGGGGCCGUCUAGUUAACGCCAGCAGUGUGUGUGGGCGGCUGGGGGUCAUCACGGUGCCGUACACGGUGUCAAAAUACGGCUUGGAGGCGUACUCAGAUAUUGUGAGGCGUGAGCUGUAUAACAAGGGGGUCAAGGUCGUCAUCGUUGAGCCCGGCGGCUUUAAGACUCGCCUCAUUGAGAGUCAAAGGAUCGUGAAUGAGGUCCAGUCGGCAUUCGAGAGGUCCAGUGAUGAGGUCAAGCUGACCUAUAGACCUGCAGUAAAUAGAUUGAUUGAUCUCUUUCAAAUUCCGAGCCAACUGGUCAGCACCAACCUUGACCUUGUAGUGGACGCCUACAUCCACGGCCUGACCUCCAGGUACCCAAAGACCAGGUACAUCGUGGGGAUGGACGCCUGGUGUUUCUUCCUGCCUUUGUCCUACCUGCCGACCUGCAUCAGUGACUGGAUGCUACAGGCGCCUUAA